AUGAAGGAGAGGCGCAAGUUGGAGACUAAAGUUCAAGAGAAGACGAAAGAACUUCAGCGGUGGACGAAGGCUCUGGUAGACCCUGCUGAGUUCCUCAGAGACGAAUCGAAAUACGGGUCCUGGGACGAUGCUGGAUUGCCUCUGACGUUCGCCGACGGUUCAGAGAUCAGCAAGAAAGCUAGGAAGCAAGCGAUCAAGGAAAUGGAUAAGCACGUGAAGGAUCAUAAUGAGGUUGAAACUCGCGGCGGUGAGAGCUAUGUACAGUCCGUUGAGAAGGAGCUGCAUGGCAUUCAAGAGCAGCUGCAGCAAGUCACUGCAUCAUCAUCGGAUGAAGACUGA